ACGCGCCGCGCCGCGGGGGACGCGAACGCUAGACUAGGACCCGCCACGAUCGCGCGAAGGAAGCGCGAUACCCUUCGAUAAGGCACUCAUUCAAGGCGAGACGAAGAUGACGUCGCUGUGGACCGCUGGGACGCCGCUCCGCGUCCCGAACACCCCCGCACGUGUUUCGCAGAUGCACAGGUCCGACGUCACCGCGUCGCUUGGGUCCAGGAGAGUGUCGGCGCAGGACCGCCGGUCACUUGGACUCAGAUCACGCAGACCACUGCUGGAGCGCACUCGACGCGAUGGGAGCUGUAAGACGGGAAGGUUCGGACCGGCUCGAGCCAGCCUCGGCGCGGCGCUCGGCGAGCAUGCGGCGCGCGUCAAUCUUGAAAACAUACUCGCGCCCAACUUGGCAUCGACGGUGACUCAGACGCACGCGACCUCGGUGGAUGAGCCGCUCGCGAGGAUAUCCACCGACUUCUCCAACGCCAUCGCCGAGGUAUCUCUCGGUCAUGAGCUCGAGUACCUCGCCGCGCAUCCCGCGCACCUCGCCGCCCUCGCCAUCGGCUGCGGCGCGGUCUACUACAUCGUCACGCGGGGCAGGCAGAAGAUUCGCAGGCUCAAAGCGGAGUUUCUGUCGCACGGCAUCGACCUGACAAACGUCGACGACAGGCUGGACACGCUCACGUACCUCAAGAAGAUGCAAGAUCAGGGCAUGCUUCCGCUGGGUCUGGAGGUGUGUGCGAUGAAACAGGCGGAGAUGGAGGUGCUCUUCAUGGGAAACGACGGCAUCGCCAAGUGGAAAAAGUACUACGCCGAGCGAGGCAUCGACAUCGAAUCAGCCGGAGACCUGGACCGGGUGCGCAAGUACGUCGAGAACCUGCAUCACCUGGAGGGAUGUUUACUGGGUAUCGACAUGGAGGCGCUGUCCAACUGACCGCGCACGAUUUUUUCACGAUGAGAAUUCCGCGAGAACCUGUACAAAGUAGAGCGCAACUGCCUCAGCUUAUUGCGAUGUAACAAAUUCUAACGUAAACACC